AUGUCAUUAAUAAUGCCUGCUAUUCUGGUAAAUGAAUAUUCGUGGAGGCAAACACCUGAAGAAAUCCUUAUUUCCGUCGCGCUGGCUGGGAAACCAAACAAAGUCGACAUAUUUGCUGUCGGAAAUUAUUUAAAAGUAAGUUACCCCCCUUUCAUCUUAGAACUCUUUCUCUCCGAGAAAAUCCUCGAGGACAGAAGCUCCUGUACUCUCAGUGAAGAACUAGCUAUAUUUACCUUGAAAAAAUUGCAAGCGGGCCAAGAAUGGCGAACGCUAACACAGGAAAAUUUGACGAAAAAUGAAAAGAAGGACAUUCGGGUCCAGGCACUGGAACAGUCUCGACUGUCGGCGGAGAAACGGGCCGAGGAGCGUGCAGAGAAGCGUCAACUGCUGCAGAGGGAGGCAGUAAGGGAGCAAAUAGAAUGUGACACGAAAGUCCACAAUCUGAUAGAGAAAUUGCGAGACGGUCAUCGCCGGGAAGCGAUGACAGAAUUUGAAGACUGGAAGCAGACGACGGAGGUGCCCAUGUUCGAUGGAGAGACAGGGCUGCUCCAGAAAAACAGAAAACAAUACAAGGCUCCUGUGAAAUGGUUCAAACAGUCUUCGGAUCCUGUCACCAUAUCAAAAUGUUCAUCACUUGAUGUCCCCGAGAGCAAGAGUGUGAAGCAAACAGAUGCCCCGCACGUCUAUAUCCAAGAAACCCGGGAAGAAGAUUUGAAACGAGGAAAAAAAAUUAUUGAUGACAUUCUGAGAGGAAAAUAUCGUGGAUGUAGGGAAAUAUUCGACGAUACCAGCACCCCGGGACCCCGCCAAUGUGGCAUGAUAAAUGUGACCUUUUCGAAGAGGAUGUUUCCAACUCCAGCGAGGGAAAGCAACCAACUGGAAGAGCAGGAGUGGCUAGUAAAGCAAGCCGAGGCCAGGCGGAAAUGCGGGUUCGCAACGGAGGAUCUCUCGCCGGAGGAGCAAGAUCCGCAGUGGCUCAAAGACAAGGGAGAUGAUUUUUUCAAAGUCGGCAACUACCUCGCAGCAAUAAGUGCCUAUUCGCACGGCAUAACAUUAAGUGGAAACAUGGCAUCACUUUACGCUAAUCGGGGAGCAGCGCAAUACGCGUUGGGAAAUUAUAAUCGAUGCGCUGAGGACACCUCCAAGGCCCUGGAGUUGAUGAUCCCAAAGUGCGAGGGCAACCGUGAAUCUCGCGCACGUUGUCACGCUCGACUUGGCGCGUCUUUGUGUAAAUUGUCGGCUCCACAGCACGGAAUCCCAGAAUUUGAGGAGGCCCUCAAAUUGGCCCCUGAAAAUAAUACCAUACGAAGGGACUUGGAGGAAGCUAAGCAUUAUUUUCAUCAUCAUUCCGACGAAUAAUUUUUCCCACGGCCAUUUAAUGACGAAGAUAACAUCACUUCCGUAAUAAACAUUACUUACAUUAUUUUACAAAUUUUCCACUGACUAACAGGCUUAAGAGGAGAAUCAUCAAUGAUAGGAACGGCUUGAAUAAUGAUAGAAUAAAUACAAAAUUCACAAUAAUAAGGAAAAAUGACGAGUAAUAUUAUACUCUGGCAACUUUUUUCAUUUUUUUUUAUUAAGUGAAUAUCACAGACAGAUGCAUCAAAGAUGAUUAUAUAAUUCGAAUGAUAAUUUCCUCAAACUUCAUUCGACAACAAGUUUUCGUUUUUAUCACGAUCGAUGCAUCCACACUUUGUGUGCUCAACUACGUGAAGAGUCUCGUGAUGUCGAUCUCUCUGCUGGUCGAUGCGAUGUUUCACCAAAAAUACGAGACUGACUUUUCGCGUCUCAAUUGGACCGCACACUUCAUUCUCACGGAGGCAGCAGCCAGCUCCAUCACAUCUCGCCAGGAUCGUUUCUCUCGGAUAAAAAAUUUCGUCUGGACUUGGUCCAACUGAUAACAAUUCUUCGACCGCCACUGCUCGCAGCUGAGGUAAUGAACAGUUGAACUGGUACACCAAGUGGACGUGAUUCAGGGACAUGGUCAAGUCAAUACAAAGUGGACAAAAGAUUGCAACAAUGCCGGUUACUCUGAGGCCCCUCUGACUUCUAGGAAUUAGAAAAAUUGGCAGCUGUAGCUCCUUCAUCCUGGAGAGAUUGUCAUGACGUCAGACGAAACGGGAUCUCCCGAACGAUCGCACAGUGUUUCCCGCUCGACGUAUUGCACGAUGUUGCGUUAGGACGGGGUUUGUAUGAAUGAGUCAGUGGUAAUGACAGCGGGCGUGUCUAGAGGCACUUCUAAUCUACUUUAUUUAGGGAAUCCCUCCAAUUUAUGGUUUAUUCUACGUUAUGGAAAAAUAGAAAUUCACCUUCCGCAGGAGUAAUUUAUUGAAUUCUUUACUAGGGAAAAAUUGAAUCCUUAAGUACCGUUAAUGAGCCUGUUCUCGUUGAACAAUUCCAUUCGGUGGAACUGAGGACAAAUAAACCUCAACGUGGGCUUUCGGGAAUCCCCAUGAACUGGGUUAUCCAAUAAUCGAAGACGUCUUUCGAAAGCCAGUCCCACACGUCCUAAAAUGAUCUCAGCCGAUCCCCUUUAUGAGGAUAAUCCAUGUAUAUGAAGGUUACAUAAGGCCGUUUAUAAAAAUUAUCUAUAUCUUUCUCUCUCAGAAAUUCGAGGUCUAAAACCGCAGUGCACGUCAUGAAUGACCAUAACAGAGUCUCACAAUUGGUCAUACCUAUGAGGACUUCAAAAUUUACGUCAAGAAACCGGAAACAGCAAAAAUUGCCGAAACCAUUCCAAUAAUUUCCUAUUUUUUCAUGUAUUACAAUAUAAAUAGAAAAGAUUAAAGAUAAUAUUAAUAUCA